GGUGAAAAGAUAUUCAUAAAACUAGGGGAAAAAUCAGAAACGCACCCUACCACACCAGGCGGCCUGCAAACGUAAGAAUUAGAUACAGAAAAACACCACUCGGAGCCACCGUUCAAAUCUGUUCAAGCCUUUCUCCUUCACUCCUUGCCCCUCUCACCUCACCAAUAAUUAUACACACACACACACACACAAAUAUACGCCUCAAGAAUCAAAACACGCACAAAUAAAAAGAAAAUUAACGUUGCUGUCUGUCUGUGUUUGCUUCUUGAUAUCAAAGCUCUAAUUUUGUGCCGGCAUUCGGUGCUUCCUCGCCGAACCCCGAUUGUGUCCCGGUGCAAUUUCUAUUUUUGCCCAUGAAACGAGGGUACUCGGAAUCGUCCUCCACCUCACUCGGGCCUCCCCAGUCGAGAUUCAAACACAACCCAGAAGGUGAUGCAGAAUUCUUGGAGGAUGAAACCACAAAAAAAUUUGCACGUAAAGUGGCCGAUCAUUACAGUGCAAGGACGAAUCAAACUCUAGAAGAACGAGAAGCUAGUCCAAUCAUCCAUUUAAAGAAGCUUAACAAUUGGAUUAAGAGUGUUUUAAUCCAGCUAUAUGCUCGCAAAGGAGAUGCUGUUCUGGAUCUUGCAUGUGGCAAGGGGGGUGAUCUCAUCAAAUGGGACAAGGCAAAAAUUGGGUAUUAUGUUGGAAUUGAUAUCGCUGAAGGCUCGAUAGAAGAUUGUCGUACUCGUUACAAUGGUGAUGCUGACCAUCAUCAGCAUCGUAAAAAGUUUACAUUUCCUGCGCAUCUUAUAUGUGGAGAUUGCUAUGAGGUUCGCCUGGAUAAAGUCCUGGCUGAUGAUGCCCCCUUUGAUGUUGUCAGUUGCCAGUUUGCCUUGCAUUAUUCCUGGUCUACUGAGGCACGUGCACGUCGAGCCUUGGCUAAUGUAUCGGCUUUACUGCGCCCUGGCGGUACUUUUAUUGGAACAAUGCCCGAUGCAAAUGUGAUUAUCAAAAAGCUCAGAGAAGCUGAAGGAUUGGUCUUUGGUAAUAGCGUCUACUGGAUACGUUUUGAUGAAGACUUUUCUGAAAAGAAAUUCAAGUCUUCGAGCCCCUUUGGUAUCAAGUACAAGUUUCACCUGGAGGAUGCUGUUGAUUGCCCGGAAUGGAUUGUUCCCUUUCAUGUUUUCAAAUCGUUGGUUGAAGAGUACGAUAUGGAGCUAGUUUUGGUGAAGAACAACCAUGAAUUUGUGCAUGAGUACAUUAAAAAACCAGAAUUUGUGGAGUUAAUGCGGAGGCUUGGUGCAUUGGGUGAUGGUAACCAAGAUCAAAGUACACUAUCGAAUGAUGAAUGGGAAGUAGCUCAUCUCUAUUUGGCAUUUGUCUUGAGGAAGCGAGGGGAACCUGAUCGGACACAAGUAAACGGUAGGAGAGACAUAGGGAAGAUGCACAUAUCAAAAGAGGACGUCAUGUACAUAAGUAAUGACUAAUGCAACACCAAUUAUGUCUCGAAUGUCCAUUUUUACAGCAGACGAGCAAUGAAUUUGCACGGCAGGAGAAGCCUGCUUGGCGCUAUGGGAAAGCGAAGAGCUCGACUCCCCGCACCGUUCUACUAGCUACGAUUACAAGUGGAUGUAAUUGUUCAGUUUUGUAGAUUAAUUAUGAUCUAAGAUUUGUAAUUUUCAUUGUAAUCAAUGCAGCAGAGGAAAUAACUGUUUGUAGUAUCUCUGCUAUGAGAAAUAGUUUUUUUUUGGCAAACUGAGAAA